UCGGGCUGUCGGCAGAAGCAGCCCCCGUUGCUCUCAGUCGCGCGCCAAACGCCGUAGCCAGCGUGUGUCGCUCGCGCGCUCGCACGUGCAGCCAGUGAACGCUUCUACCUCGCCGGCUUCGCCUGCGAUCUCCUUUUUCACGUAGGAAAAUGGCCGAGCAAGGGGGCAGCCGCUUCGUCGCCGUUGCGCUUUUGGCCGCGCUCUGCAUUCUCCAGAUGACCGAGACGACGGGCCACCUGCGGCACCACCGUGGCGACUCUCAUUGCAGCCGCUGCGCGCCAGGUUGGGGUGUAGUGGAGCGUUGCAGUCGCGGCCGUGACACGCUGUGCGCCGAGUGCCAGCCAGGCACCUACUCGCCACAUCACGGCACCCAGCCCUGCUGGAUUUGCUCGCGCUGCGGCCCGGGACUGUACGAAGCGAGGAGGUGUAGCUCGUCCGCGGACACGCUCUGCGACUUGUGCCAUCGACGGCCGAACGAGCCGAACGAUGAUUACAAGCGCAAAUGCGAGGAGCCACCACGGAAGGACGAGAGAUUGAGCGUUUUUCUCGCGCCUGAGGAUGCACGCAGCACCGGCGAACAAAGCGAGAUGGUGAACGUCGAUGAGGAUUUGCCGGAGGAUCUUGAAAGGGAGAGGGAGAAGGUACUGUGGGAGGAUGCUCGAGCGCAGAUGAAAGAGGACGAAGCCAAGAUCAACGACGUCGCUUCUUCCGACUGAAUCGCACGCUGCCACUUUGUAAGAUUAUAAAAUUGUUCUUCCGCUGCUUCCUUUCCUUCGCUUAAGAACGAAAAUCCAGGCGCGACAGAUGUACAUUGAGCCGUAUGAUUAUAAGAGUGUGUGCGCGUGUCGCGAGCAAGGCCCAGCUGAUGUCGUUUCGCGAAUGCAUAAUAUACGCCGUUUAUGAAAUUGGUGGUGUAAUAUAUGUUCAUUCAUAAGUUAGAGGGACAGAGAGAUACAUAUUUUAUAAAGUAACUGCGCACGUUAUCAUUUCACUCGAAUCCAAUAUUGUGUGUCAGAUAUACUAGUAUAUUACUUAAAUAUCUUCAAAUAAUACCUAUACUAGUCAAUAAAAGCAGCUUCAAUGAAAAAUAAUGAAUAAGUUGACGAAAAAAUGAAUGUUCCAGCCGAAAACUUUCAAACAAAAAUGUACAUAAUCGUAUUUAUUAAAACGAUCAAAUUCAUCAUUAUACAUACUCCCAGAUGGAAUCAUGAAUUUUGCUUUAUAUUUAUUUAAUCGUAUUCGUUUUCUUCCUUGCUAUCAAUUUUUGAUGAAUCGCUUAUGACCAUAUUAUUUUAUUACAUAUAUCACGCGCUCGAUCAGGAUUGGUGUACAUAAUAGAAAACGAAACAUUACAAUAUGCGUUGUCUUGUAAGUGUAUAUUUAAUUUUUAAUAUAAUUUCACAUGUAUCUUUUUUUAUGUAUAUAUAUAUUUUUAAUUCAUACACACAAUAUUUGUUUAAAUACCCCCAAAGACAUAUAUGUAUCUUACGAAUUAUAUAUAUAUAUAUACAUAUAUAUAUAUAUAUAACUCAUGUUCACCGAGACACACAGUACAUGUUUGUCGUUAAUUUUAUGAACGACUUUUUUGUCAAGCGUCUAUAUGAAUAUAUUUGAAUGCCUAUUGUCCACAAAAGCCAAAAAUAUGCGAUAUAUAAUGUAUAAGCGACAGUAAUCAUGAUCAUAAUAAUAAUAUAUAACCUUUAAUUGGCAACUUUCAUAACUUUAAUUGAUGUCGUAUAUACCUAUCUUUUUGUUCAAUCGAACACUUUUCAAGAAUGUUAUCCAACUCGGAGUAACAAACAUUUAUUGCCAAUCGAUUUUUUUGAUCAAAGAUAAACUUUCCGCGUCGAACAACUAAAAAUACUUCAACGACUCGAAAAAAAAAUUGCGUUCGUGAUUGGCAAUCUAAUAAAAGUUUGACUCGAGAGAGCGGAAGGAAACGAAACAAAAAAUGAAAAGAAUCGCCAUUGUGGCUAGUCGAUGAAUCUAUAUAUGUAAACAUUGAAUGGCACAAAGUAUCGGGAUUUUCUCCUUAUUUUUCGAGAGCAUCGCUGUUUACAAUUGUUCAUUAGCGUGGAUUAAAAGGCAGAUGAUUGAAAAUCAAAGGAGUACGCGUAUCUGUAUCCCUUACGUAGUUUUUUCUUCAAUUAUUUGUUCUCGACGCACGUGUGAAUGUUCAAUAUAUAUCCUAAAAACAUACGUGAAGACAGUUUCAACACAUAUAUUCGAAUGCUAAUAAAUCUUCGAAUAACUUGAUUAGGAAAAAAGGCUUAAACUUCUAACCAGGCUUAUACAAUUCAAACGUCGAUUACAAGUUAAAGAGAGACUGUAAAGUUGACAUGGAAAGUAUGUAACUUAAACAAAAAAUUUAUCAUUCACAAAGGAAAAAUUGUCCCAUGACAUACAUGUACGUAGAUCUGCCGAUUUGAAUUGUAAAACAGGGUCGUGCUAUUUUUAGCCGAAUAGAACUUAAGAGCGCGUCAGACAGAGUUUAACGAAACGUCAGUUAUGGAAUAAUAAUAAUCUCCGUCUCUUCGCGGUUUAUCUGCAUUAAUACAACUUCAUAUGAUAUUGCACGGAUUUUUUCCAAUGGUAAAGUAAUAUCGUAUGCAGGAUUUACCUUUCAAAGAAGCCAUACACAAUAGAUUAAAAAUAUUAUAUCGGAAGGCUUUAGCUACGUUUUAACAUUAUCGACUCAAAAAAUAUAUACUUUAGCUUAUAUCGUACGUUUAUAAAACUUUCAUGUUUUUUUUUCAAUUGCAUUAUAGUCAGUACCACUUAUAUUGUAUUUUAAGUAGAUUACACAAGAUUUCGUCGUUUAAUAAUUGUAAAGAGCAAUCAAUAACUGUAACAUGCCAUUAUAAGGUGACAUUAAAGAUCUCGAGUGAAUGUAAAACUCUAUUGUCAUAUUAUUCCAUCCUCUCUUUCUCAUCAAUAUUCCUUUAUUAUAUUGCAAGAUUUUGAACAUAAAAUAUUUCAAAAAUAUUAAGUUAACAUGAUUUUUAUCUUUUUUUCAUAUGUUUGCGAUUCCGAUAUUGAUAUUGUGGACCCAUAAUACAUUUCAUUUUAAUAUUUUAAUUUAAAUGAUUAUUUCACUUUUUGUAAUAUGUCAUAUUAACUUUCAAUAUUGCAUAGCAUUGAUUGUGUCAAUUAUUCAAUUUUUUUACAAUAGCAAAAAAAUAAUGGAAACGUUAAAAUACUGUUCUUGCUUUCUUUUGUAUUAAUAAUGUGUACGCUAAACGGAUUCAUGAUGAAAGCUUAAUUUUGAAGCACUGUAGAAGUAUAUUUACGAUUUACUUUUACAAGCGAGUCACCAGUUAACAGAGACCUAAAUAGAGUAAAGAUACAGGCUUUAAAUAUAUUUUAUACAGUGAAUCCUUGUGAACAAAUAAUCGAAUUAAAAAUUAUUUAGCGGAAAAAUUUCAGUGAUGACAAAUACAUACGCAGUCAAUGUGUUUUGUAUGAAAUGGUUAUAUGUUCUUUUUUCAAUACAUAUAUAAACUUAUACAUGAACUAAACACUCAGCAGUAAAAUUAUACAAAAAAUAUCAGUUAUUUUAACCAUUCACGAAAAAAAAGCAGAAGGCAUAGAAGCCAUUCUUGCAACAGAUUCGUAAUAAGCAUUAUUUUGUCUAUUUAUGUCAUUGUACAUUGUUAUCAACUUUGAAUAAAAAU